CAAACAAGGUUCCCCUGGAAUGAAACAGAGAAUGUCAGACUACAGACCACUACAGACAACUUCAGACCACUACAGACAACUACAGACCACUUAGGACAACUACAGACCACUAAGGACAACUUCAGACAAUACAGACCACUUCAGACCACCACAGACAACCUCAGACCACUACAGAUAACUACAGACCACUUCAGGCUACUACAGACCACCACAGACAAUUAUAGACCACUUCAGACUACUACAGACAACUACAGACCACUACAGACAACUUCAAACCACUUCAGACCAGCAAGUACACAAGGACCUGGAAUGAAACAGAGACUGUGAACACCUGAGUCCGCCGCGACUUCUCCUCGCUCCUUCUGCUCUUUGUCUUUUUCCUUCAGAGGCAGCAGACUGAAACUGAAACUAGAAAGACUCGGAGUCCAGCAGCAGGUCCUGCUAUCAUGUCAGGAGGUUAAAGACGAUCCACAGUCGUCCCUUUAAGCUCAGAGCUGUCCCUUUAAACCUGGACCUGAAACCUGAUCACAUGUGUACCUGCUUCAGGGUGAAAGUCCCAUCACCAUGCAAGUCCUGGAGGAGGUCACCUGGAGGUGGACAUGGCCAACAGGACGGAGCUCCAUCCCUCCGACCACGGCGCCUCGCCUGACGAGGAGCUACCCAAGCCCGCAGGCCGCCGCCCCCGCCGCCGCGCCACCUCCACCUUAGGGAGGCGGAGUCAGAGGGGGAAGAGGCGUGGUCUCGGCGACAAGAAGCGAGGCCCGAAGGAGAAGAGGCGGGGCCAGGAGGAGAGGAAGAAGAAGGAGGAGAAGAAGGAGGGUGUGACAGUGAAGCGGACAUGGAGCGGCGGGCGGCGGCGGUGGGAUAAGAAGCACUACUGUGCGUUCUGCCGCCGGCCGCAGGUGAAGAUCGCUCGCCACCUGCUGAGGAAACACGCCGACCAGCAGGAAGUGAUGGCCGCCAGCACGCUGCCCACCGGAUCCAAAGAACGCCACCUGCUGCUGGAACACCUGCGAUGCAGAGGAAACUACAUGCACAACAUAGAGGUGAUCCGUCAGGGCAGUGGAGAGAUUGUCCCGUGGCGUCAGCCCUCAGAGGAGGUUGAUGCGAGGAACUACCUGCCAUGCCCGCUCUGCCUGGGUUUCUUCCUUCGAGCCGACCUGUGGAAACAUCAGGCGUCCUGUCGUAAGAAGCUGACCCCUGACCCCUCCGCCGCGCAGGAGACCACCUCCGACCCCGUGAAGGACACAACCUCUGACCCGACGAGUGGGUUGGCCUGUGAUCCGGCAGAGUCCGCAGAGGAGAUGCCCCCUGACUCCGCCGGACACCCCACAGCAGACCGGACCGGGACCAAACGACCCAUGACCUCCGACCCCGGCGUGGAUCAGAACGUGACCUCCGACCCCGGGUCGGACCCACCCAGGAAGCGCAGCAGAGUCCAGGCCGCAGCAUCCCGCCUCCUCCCCAUCUCCAGCGGGGCAUCCGAGAGCUGCAGCGAAGUCUUGCACCGCAUGAACCAGGACUAUGUCUCACACCAGGUUAAAUCUGAUUGGCUGAUCUGUAAAUAUGGAAACAAGUUGAUGGGGAACCAAGAUGGCAGCCAGAGGAGGUAUGAUUACGUCAGCCAGAAGCUGAGGGAGCUCGGCAGGUUCCUCCUGGCAGCCAAGUCUCUGGACUCUGGGAUCCAGACCCUCCAGAACCUGCUGGCCCCGGGCAACCUCAGCCUGGCGCUGGCGGCUGCCAGAAAGGCGUCGGGGUACCGGUGGAGUCGCCCUCCGCUGGCAGUGAAGACCACACUGAAGACGGUUUGUGAAAUCGCCAUCGGAGAGAACCUGCAGGAUGGAGACUGGGAGGCUGCAGCCAAGACCACCGACUUCUACCACCUGCUGGGGAGGGAGUGGGACAGCCUGGGGCUGCUGGACCCGGACCGAGACCCAGGCGCACCAGUCGAAGGAGCCAAGCUGAAGAAACGGUCGGUCCAAUCAAAGACUGAGAAGAGUAAAGAGUCUGAGCCGAGACCAGAGGUUCCAUCACAGAGCGGGAACCAACCACUGACUGCCCUGAGUCCACCAGAGUCCAGACUGCAGACUCCGAUUCCAGUCCCUGUGGGUCCGAGGAAGGUCCGACGGCGUCCGUGGUCGUCUGCAGAGAAGGAGGCAGUCUGGAGGCAGCUGGGAGUCCAUGUGCUGGUCCAGUCUGUACCAGGGAAAGAGGUCUGUCAGCGCUGUCUGGACCUGGAGCCUGUCCUCAGAGGGCGCCACUGGAAAGACAUCAAGAACCAGGUUCACAACCAGAUCCAGAGCCAAAAGAAGCAGCAGUUCCACGCCCAGAUGGAUCUUCAGGAGAACCAGGAAGAACAGGACCAAAUCCAAAACCAGAAGAAACAGCAGGGUUAUCAGGCCCAAGUUGACUCAGAAGGAAAGGACCACAACCAAAACCAGAAGAAACAGCAGUACCACGUCCAGAUGGACCACCAAGACCAGGACAGCAUUCAGAACCAUAAGAAGCAGCAGUACCCGACCCAGCUGGACCACCAGGACCACCUGCAAAUUCACAAAAAGCAGCUGUGCCAUGCUAGACUGGACCACCAGGACCAUGUUCAGAUCCAUAAAAAGCAGCUGUACCAAAUGGGUGAGCACUCCCCGGGGCUGCAGACUCCCUUGACACGGGACUCCUCUGUACUGUCAGGGACUUCUUAUGGACCUGACGGGCCACAUCGAGCCCCUGGACCGUCCCUGCUGGAGCGGGACCCCACCAUCAGUCCAUACCCACUUCCACACAGGACACUGGGGCCGCACCUGGACCAGCUGCUGUCAAGGUCCGAGUGGACCGAGGAGUCUGUGGCCCAGCACUACGCUGUCAGCAGGCAGCUGGACCGGAACCUGCUGCAAUCGCCUCAGACAAACCCUCACCCCGGACACGUCCACUUCUGACGGACAGCUGAGCACCAGGGAAAACCAAGUCCCUGAACUUCCUGUACAAAAUGAAAUACCAUUUAACAACUGUAACAUGAACGUGUUCUAUUUAAUAAACAUUUCAAUCUGUUA